AUGCACAAUUGCUUAUUCCCACGCCGCCGUCUCGUCAAAUUUUCGGCCAAUACCAUUCGUUCGUCAUCAUCUGUACCUCGACGUGCUCAAUUCCCUAGUCUCUCUAGUCCGUCUAGACCCCUGAAGCGUUCCCCAACCCGGCGCACUCCGCCCACACGACCCUUCUCCACUUUUCCAUUACCCUUUGUCAGAGCACCGAAACGGGCUUCGCAAUCCUUCUGGGCUUUCGCUUUCACUGUUCUUCUCAUCGGCGGAGGAUCCUGGAUAUACUUUGACCCCGAAAAGGAUUCGCUACAACCAUCCAAUUCCGAAAAAUCCCCACCGGACCAGUCGCAAGAACCCUUCCUUGGAAUCGUUGAUCUCCUACAGAACAUGCCUGUCGAGCAGCCCCCUGGGACCGUGGGUAACCUCACCCACGAACAAGAAGCCAAAUUGCAGGAAUUCUGGCAGUUGGCCCUCAAGACGUUUGGUGUCAAGUCCCGCGAGACAGAACAAUCGAGCGUUUCUUCCCUCAACGUUGCCGCCGAUGACGAUAAGCAUGGACAGUCGAAGGAGUUCCAGCAAGCGCUUGCCGACAUGUCGGCGGAGGAGAUCCGGAUAACCUUCUGGAACAUGGUGAAGCACGAUAACCCCGACUCCCUGUUCCUGCGAUUCCUGCGGGCACGGAAGUGGAACGUCAACAAGGCCUUCAUCAUGUUCAUCUCGACAAUACGCUGGAGGAGCAAGGAGAUCAAGGUCGAUGAUGAUAUAAUGAGAAACGGCGAGGCCCUUGCUCAGAAGCAGUCACAGAGUGCCGACCCUGCGGAGAAGAAGAAGGGUCAGGAUUUCCUGGACCAGAUGCGUCUGGGUAAAAGCUAUCUGCACGGCGUGGAUAAGAAUGGCCGGCCUAUCUGCGUUGUUAGAGUGCGAAUGCAUAAGGCAGGCGAGCAGAGCGAAGAGUCCUUGGAGCGUUUCACUGUCUACGUGAUCGAGACGACCCGUAUGAUGUUGCCUCCUCCGGUUGAGACAGCGACCAUCGUCUUUGACAUGAGCAACUUUUCUUUGGCAAAUAUGGACUAUGCCCCCGUCAAGUUCAUGAUCAAAUGCUUCGAAGCAAACUACCCCGAGUCCCUGGGCGCAGUUCUCGUCCACAAGGCUCCCUGGCUCUUCUCUGGGGUCUGGAGCAUCAUCAAGGGCUGGCUCGACCCUGUGGUUGCCGGCAAAGUCCACUUCACCAAGAACGCCAACGAUCUCGAGAAAUUCAUUCCCCGGGACCGCAUCGUAAAGGAACUCGAAGGCGACGAGAACUGGGACUACAAAUACGUCGAGCCCCAACCCGACGAGAACAAGGCGAUGGAAGACAUAGCCAAGCGCGACGCCCUGAUCGCCGAGAGACAGGAGAUGGCCAAGGAGAUUCAGGACGCCACUGUUUCCUGGCUCUCCGCCAGCGCCAGCAAGGACAAGGAUGCUAUUAGCCUAGCUGAGGAGCGGAGAAACGGUCUCAUCAACCGGUUGCGGGAGCACUACUGGGUGCUUGAUCCCUACAUCCGGUCUCGGUCAUUGUAUGACCGAACCAAUGUGAUCAAGGGCGAUGGAAAGGUUGACUUCUACCCUGGCGCUUAA